GGAAAAAUAAAAAAAGAAAAGAAAAUCCCCAAAAUCGCCCUAAAAAAAUCUUGGAAGAACUCCGACCCCUUCGGAAACCUCUCCGAUCUUUGUCGAUCGAUCAUUCGGUAAUAUCUUCUUCUUGUUUUCGAUUCUAGGGUUUCGGAAUCUCUGCCUGGUUCUCUCCACUGUCUUUGUAUUUUCUUUCCUUCCUGGCUUGUGUGAGUUCGCUUCACUCACACGUGCGACACUCACUCGAUCAUCACCGACUUUGUUGCUCCAUUCUACUCUCGUGUUUCGUAGUAGUCUCGAUCAUCGUAACCACCAUUAACGCUAUUUGUGUCCGCGACCUUUCGAGUGACAAAAAAAACGUUUGCAUUCUUUGUGCAUCAACUUCAAGAAAUUUAGUUGUUGCUUCAUCCCGGUGCUGUUGCUAGUGGAGGGGACUUCACGUAACAUCUCGUUGGUCCUCCUCCUAUGGACCAUGAUAACUCGAAACUCCGGCACUACAUGCAAAACCUUGUCUUUAACAUUGUACUGCAACGGCAAUCAUCUCCUGUCGAUGCUGCGUCAAAGCCAAAGUUUAUGGAGCUUGCUAGACGCUUAGAGGAAGGGCUGUUUAAGAUGGCUAACUCAAAGGAGGAUUACGUGAACGGGUCAACCCUUGAGUCUCGGAUUAUGGGCCUAUUAAAAAGCAGAUACUUGAAUAACUACAAUCAGCGACUUGCUGAUUCGUCUUCGAUUGGAACGAUGAUACCUACUCCAGGAUUAUCGGGUAAUCCUAGUUCGAUGGUUACAAACUCUGCUGAUGCUACAGUAGCUGGAAACAACAACAGCACAAGUGCAGCUGUGAACACUGGAAACCUUCUAGCUGCUGGCGGAAUGCAUGAUCAUAAAGGCAAUAUCUCUACUGGAUACCAACAUUCUUCGAUAAACUUUUCUCUUGGUUCGGGAGGGAACCUGGCAUCCGUGGGUUCUCAAAGAAGUACUGCUCAGAUGAUUCCUACGCCUGGGUUCGUUAACAAUGGUACUAAUAACAACAGUGAUGGAUUUUCUGCUGAGACCACCAUGGUACCUCAGUCUCAGCAACAGCAGCAAAGGCAGGAUACCGGUGGUCAAAAUAGUCAAAUGUUUUCAAACCAAAUGGAUGCUGGCCGUAGACCUGACAUGCAACCAAAACCGGCUGGUGUGGCCAAUAGCUCUGUAAAUGAUGGUGUUGGAGUGAACGAAAAAAGUGUAGACACAGGGGAAGGUUAUAGAACCACAAAUCCUGACACCCUUGGAUCAGGAAUCCGACAUAUUCAGCCAAUGUUAUGCCCUCAGAAUAUAGGUUCUGAUUCUAGCAACAGUUUUAGCAAUCUUGCUGUUGCAGUAAAAUCAGAACCCAAUCCACGGGGUCAAUGGCCUUCCCAGUCUCAAGAAAACCCUCAAAUUUCUAAUGGCAUGUCGAGUGAACAGAACAUUCAGGAGGAUUUCCGUCGAAGAAUUACCGGAAUGGAUGAAGCUCAACCUAAUAAUUUGACCGAAGGGUCUGUUACUGAUCAAAAUCAAACAUCUACCACAUCCGAAUCCCAUAGUCUGCAAAAUUCUGUUGCACAUCAACAGAAAUGGCUCUUGUUUCUACUUCAUGCACGCGACUGCAAACCGCCGGUAGGGAAGUGCACAGAGCGAAAUUGCGUUACUGUUCAGAGACUAUGGAGUCACAUGAACAGCUGUGCAAAACCUCGAUGUUUGUAUUGGCGUUGUCGUAUCACAAAGUCAUUGAUUAUCCACCUUAAAACCUGCAAGGAUCUUAAGUGCCCCCUCUGUGUACCAGUGAAGAAAACCUACCGUCAGCAACAAGUGAAUGCGCGCCUGCAGGCCCGUUUAGAAAACGAAAGCAGUUCAGUGAUCGCGGUGAACAGAGAUGUAGUAUCAAAUGAUUCACAGUGCGCUACUGCUGGAGCUGUUUCUAGUGCCCCGGGCUGUGUUGACACUUUAGAUAAUGUGCAAGCUUCAUCAAAACGGUUGAAGGUGGAUCAGUCUUUUCAACCAGUGGUCUCUGAGACUGAAAGUUGUAAAAGCUCCACUGUUUCCAAAACAGAAUCAGAAUUAUCUCAGGAUGAUGAAAGAAAGGAUCAUAGGCACAGCGACGCACAUGCGGUAUUGAAUUCGGAGAACGGGGAAGUGAACGAAGAAAUUUCUGAUCUCUCUGUUCAAGCUGGAUUCGGCAUCAAAGAGAUAAGACAUGAAGCUUUUGAAAAUGAUCCCAAGCCUAGGCCUGUCAGUGAACCAGGUCAACAUGAUCUAUCUGGUGCCUCGCCAAAGCAAGAAAAUAUAAAAAUGGAGCAAGACACGAAGAAAGAACUUCUGGUGGAGUCUGCUGAUGUUGUUACAUCAAAAUCUGGAAACCCAAAGAUAAAGGGUGUUUCUUUGACUGAAUUUUUCACUCCGGAACAAGUGAGAGAACAUAUUCGUGGUCUUCGUCAGUGGAUUGGGCAGAAUAAAGGCAAUGCAGAAAAGAAUCAGGCCAUGGAGAAUUCGAUGAAUGAGAAUUCCUGCCAGUUAUGUGCGGUGGAGAGGCUUACGUUCGAGCCGCCACCUAUUUAUUGUACUCCUUGUGGUGCUCGUAUCAAAAGAAAUGCGAUUUACUAUACUGUCGUAGCUGGUGAACAUCGGCAUUACUUUUGUAUUCCCUGUUAUAAUGGAUCCCGAGGAGAAACUAUACUCGCUGAAGGGACUUCGAUGCCGAAGGCAAGACUCGAGAAAAAGACAAACGAUGUAGAGACUGAAGAAUGGUGGGUCCAGUGUGAUAAAUGUGAGGCCUGGCAGCAUCAAAUAUGUGCUCUCUUUAAUGGGCGAAGGAAUGAUGGGGGCCAAGCUGAGUACACCUGCCCAAAUUGCUAUAUACUUGAGAUGGAGCAAAAUGAGAGAAAGCCUUUACUUCAGAGCGCUUUUCUUGGAGCGAAAGACCUACCAAAAACGAUUCUCAGUGACCAUAUAGAGCAGCGUUUGUUUCAAAGGCUGGAGCAGGAAAGAACUGAGAGAGCCAGGGCUCAAGGAAAAAAUUGUGAUGAGAUUCCUACUGCUGAAUCCCUUGUCGUUAGAGUUGUUUUAUCCGUUGACAAGAAGCUGGAAGUCAAAUCUCGAUUUCUUGAAAUAUUUAGGGAGGAUAAUUUCCCCACAAAAUUUCCAUACAAGUCCAAGGUGGUUCUGUUGUUCCAGAAGAUUGAAGGUGUAGAAGUUUGCUUGUUCGGGGUGUAUGUCCAAGAAUUUGGAUCCGAAUGUUCAUCUCCUAAUCAUCGCCGUGUAUAUCUCUCGUAUCUGGAUUCUGUGAAGUACUUUAGACCUGAGAUUAAAUGUGCUUAUGGAGAGGCUCUGCGCACUUUUGUAUACCAAGAAAUUCUAAUUGGUUACCUGGAAUACUGCAAAAUGCGUGGUUUCACGAGCUGCUAUAUAUGGGCUUGUCCACCACUGAAGGGUGAUGACUAUAUCCUAUAUUGCCAUCCAGAAAUUCAGAAAACGCCAAAGUCUGAUAAACUAAGGGGGUGGUACUUAGCAAUGUUGAGAAAAGCUGCAAAGGAAGGGAUUGUAGCGGGAACUACAAAUCUGUAUGACCAUUUUUUCUUGCAAAUUGGUGAAUGUAGAGCUAAGGUUACGGCUGCUAGGCUCCCGUAUUUCGAUGGUGACUAUUGGCCAGGUGCAGCAGAGGAUAUCAUACAUCAAAUGGGUCAAGAAGAUGAUGGUAGAAAGGGAAAUAAGAAAGGAAUUCUGAAGAAACCCGUUACGAAAAGGGCUCUAAAAGGAUCCGGCCAGUCGGAUCUGUCUAGGAAUAUGUCCAUAGAUCAGCUGCUAAUGCAUAAACUUGGUGAGAUCAUUCGCCCCAUGAAGGAGGAUUUUAUCAUGGUUCACUUGCAGCCUUGUUGCUCCCAUUGCUGUACACUGAUGGUAACUGGAAAUCGUUGGGUCUGCAGCCAGUGCAAAGGUUUCCAGUUAUGUGACGGGUGCUAUGAGGCUGAACAGAAACGAUGGGUCAGAGAAAGGCAUCCUGUUAAUCAAAAGGCUAAACAUACACUGUAUCAUGUUGAGAUCACCGAUAUUCCUGCAGACACCACGGAUAGAGAUGAGAUACUUGAAAGUGAAUUUUUUGAUACGAGGCAAUCAUUCCUGAGUCUAUGUCAAGGGAACCAUUAUCAGUAUGAUACACUGAGGCGGGCAAAACAUUCUUCCAUGAUGGUGCUUUAUCAUAUGCACAAUCCAACUGCUCCUGCUUUUGUCGCGACAUGUAACGCAUGUCACCUCGAUAUCGAAAGUGGUCAAGGUUGGCGUUGUGAAGUUUGCCCGGACUACGAUGUAUGCAAUACUUGUUACAGUAGAGAAGGCUGUGUUAAUCAUCCUCACAAGUUGACAAAUCAUCCAUCACAAGCUGAUCAGAAUGCUCAGAAUAAAGAAGCUAGGCAAUUGCGAGACUUGCGGUUCAGGAAUCUUCUGGUGCAUGGGGUGCGAUGCCGUGCUCGUGCAGAUUGUCAAUAUCCCAACUGCCGUGUUGUGAGUGGGCUAUUCAAACAUGCCCUCGAUUGCACAAUACAGUAUAGAGGAGGUUGUGUUCAAUGCAAGAAAAUGUGGCAUCUCUUGCAAAUCCACGCUCGGGUCUGCAAUGAUUCAAAUUGCGGUGUAGUUCAAUGCGGGGAGAUAAAGGAGAAUCAGAGAAGGUUACAGCAGCGAUCAGAAUCACGGCGCAGAGCAGCCGUCAUGGAGAUGGUGCGACAGAGGGCUGCAGAAGUAGCUGGGACCUCCGGUUGAUUAAUAUGAUUUUAGGAUAUAAACAGAAGUAGAAAUCUAAUUUUCUUUCCGGAAGAUAAUCCACUGAAAAAAGAAGACAGCGAAGUGAAUAUUCCCAGCUAGUGAAGACUCGUAAGAAGAAGAAAACAAACCAUAUAACGGAUUAACAUAUAGAUUCAUUUUUUUUUUCAUCUGGGCAUAACUUCUUCUAGUCAAGUAAGAUGAGAAGAGUGUCUACGGGAUACGAUCUCUAACAUUUUUUUGAAUAUCACUGUAUUAUUGACAUUUUCAGAUCAUUAAUUGGAAUAUAUUUUGUCUAACAA